AUGGACCCGGCUGCUGAGCCGGCUGCGGAACCUGACUCCGAGGCCGAUAGCACAGUUUCGACGGUGAGUGCCAUCAGUCGUCACCUUUCUGACUUGCAGAGGGAUCACUGGGCUUUGCAAGGGCAGCUUCGUGCAUCGCAGCAGGACAUACAAGUGCUUUCGGACCGCUGUGAGUAUCUUGAGGGCAGGAUUCGCGUCUUGGAGUCUUUCGAGAACCGCAUCCGGGCUUUGGAGUCGGCUCGUGAUUGCACUAAUCACUUUGUCGUGUGGCUGGAGCGCAUUGUGCAGCGGGCCAUCAUGCCUGUAACCGGCCAAGUGGUCGGUAUUGAAUGCUACAGCAGUCGAGAUGCCUCUGCCUUGGGAUACGGGGCUGCCCCGGAGCCCCGAGUCCGUGAGACUCCACAGCAAAUAAGGUUUAGGAAGGAGCCGUGGAAGGCUGCAGUGGUCCACUCCCGGUCCUGGGCAAACCAUGAGGAUGAUCGAAGGACAGCGGCCCUUGAAAUGUGGCGGCUGAUCAUCUUGACAUCGGGCAAAGGCACCAGAGUGGGUAGGAAUCUUGCUGGGAUGCAGCAGGCGGCCGCAGGGUUGGCACAUUAUGCGUGGUGGAGAGCGUCCGUUGGCCUGGAUCCAGCAGUCUUUCCCUUGGACGAGGCCGAGGCUUACUUGUAUGUUUGCUUCUUGAGAAGUGAGGGGGCCCCACGGUCCCGUGCACCACGCUUCCGUGAAGCCAUCAACUUUGCUGGCCCGAUGCUCGGUGCCGACGUCAGUGAGGCCGCGAGCUCUGCGCGCAUCCAGGGGGCGGCUAACCCUCAAGUUCAGGCUGUGGUAGUCCGCAAGAAGGUGCCCUUGUCUGUAGCUCAGGUUAAGGCGCUAGAGGAUUUUGUUUUGCAUUCCGACAACGAUCUCGCUGCGGUUUUGGCUGGCUACGCCUUGUAUUGCCUCCAUGGAAGGCUUCGCUGGAGUGACGCUCAGCACACCGAGGCCGAGCCGACUUUGGACGAGCGUGAUGGCAAAGGUUUUCUUAAUGCCCAGCUUUACCACCAUAAAACUGGUAACAGGGGAUCGUUGGCCAGGCAUAGGUUGCUGCCAGUGUCCUGCAUCUCGCCCGGCCUGGCUGAGGGCAGCUGGGUGGUUUUGAUUCCCUUCCGCUUGAUCCUUCCCUUGGUGCUCUUGGGUUGCGAGAGGUUCUUAAGGAAUGCCAGCCGUUCGAUCCGGAUGUCAGGUGACAUUGCUACCCAUAGCUUGAAGGCCACACUGUUGAGCUACAUGGCUAAGGCGGGUGCUCCGGAAAACCUGCGCGCCAUGGCUGGGUAUCACUUAAGGUCUGCCAACUCUUCUACCCUUGAGUAUUCCCGUGACACCCUUGCUCCGGCAUUGCAUUUCUUGGAGUGCAUGUUCCUUACCAUAACGAGCGGGCUGUUCGCGCCAGAUGCGCAGUCUGAUCCGGAAUCGCCGGCCGAGAGCAUUGGUUCCGCAGGUGAGGCCGAGGAGGCUGGGAUGUCCCUUUUCGCCCUUGGGGCUGACCUGCAGGAGCUGUCCAAGCUGGGAUUCCCGCUUCCCGUUCUAGGCCCCGACUCUACGGCCGGCCAGCGCCUGGUCCGGCGGUCGCACAAGGUGAGACGGGGGACGAGGUCCCCGGCAGCCGAUGGUGAGCAGGAACGCCUUUGGGUGGAACUGCGCCGCGCACAGGCAAUCUGGCUGGACUUCCCCGAUGGACUUCCAACGCUUGAGGCGGUGGAUCGUGACCGUCUGCAGUGCAGUGCAAAUCUCUUGUAUGCGUUUUCGGCCAAAGUCUUCAACUUUUGCAAGUCCAAUGGCAUUGUGGAAAAUCCGGUUUCCAGCCUCAUGUGGCGGACUUCAUGGUUCCGUUCGGCAACUCCGGACGGCGACUUGGUCAUGCAGGAUGAGAUUCCGCAGGGCAACUUGGCACGGCAAGCUACUGCGCGAGCUGAAGAGCGGGCAGAGCGCUGCAUCACGGGCGAGCCAGGGAUGCUCCUCCCCCAGCCCUGGCGGAUGCAGGACGCGAAGCGUUCGGCAGCCGCCUUCCAUGAGCUGGAUGCGCUGCUGGGGAUGAUCAUUGCUAUUCGGGAGGCGAACGGCGGCACUGGCCCCGACGAGCGCGAGACAAACUUGAAGCUCGUCUACGAACAGGUGUACCGCUCGAUUCAGCGAUCGACCGAAGAGGCCAACAAGAUCCGCCAUGAGAUUCAGGAGUUGGACAGUUUUUGCCGGAAGGGCUACAUCCCCCCUGUUUACGACGCCUACAAUGCCUCCCAGCAGGACAUCCAGAAAAUGCGAGAGCUUCAUCAAGCAACAGCACCCUUAGAGGAGAAGGCUGCGCAAGAAGCGGCCAACACCUGGUGCGCGCCUGUCGCAUCCCAGGUAAUUGAGAUCCCUCACCUACCGCUUUCAUGCCUCAACCAGGGCAAUGUGGAAGUGCCCACUCGGAGACACGAGGAGGAUGUGGAAUACUCGUCAUCCAGCGGGUCUUCAAGCGUGCCUGCCGCGCUUCCUCCGUCCAGGACAGAGCAGCGCCUGGGUGGCAUGGACAGCAGUGGCAACCGGUUUGUGACAAUGGCGCCGCAGGCUUGGGCCCAGGCCUGGUCCGGACUCCGGCUUUGGCUCCUGCAGGCCACCGACCUGCUCCAUGCCUCGACCCCUUUUGAAACUGGGCUCUUGGAGGGCAUCAACGAGGCGGAGCUUGACUGCUGGUCAAUGAGAGCCUACCAGGAAGUGAAGGAAGCUGCUGCAGCUCGGAAAUGCUCAGCCAGUCUUCUCGCGGAUCUGCGAUGA